CACCUGUCUAAAAUUUUGUUGUCAAAUUUGGUCAUGCAACUUGUCAAAAUUAUCAAAUAUUUUUUCAGAUCGUUUCAAUAAUGUUUAGGUUACUGUUUUUAAAAAGUAUUAGAAAUAUUGCCUCUAUUUUCUUAGCGAAAAGACUGCAAUGGCCCAGAAAUACCCUGCACAACUCGUCUAUGGCAAGAGGCAAAAACGUGGUUCAAACAGAACAGCCCCCGAAACCUAACAAGGAAAUAUUUUUCCCACAAUUAGGCCGCGAUGGUAUAAAAGACAAAGUAGCUUUAGUGACUGGGGGCACGGAUGGAAUUGGCUUGCGAUGUGUGAGAGAAUUGCUAAGAACUGGAGCUAGGGGAGUAAUGAUUGCAGACACAAAUGAGACCAAGGGUUUCAAUCGAGUGAUAGAGUUUUCAAAGGAUUAUGGCCAAAAUAGGGUAGCAUUCAUUCAGAUCAACCCGGCUAAUUAUGUUUUGCUUAAAAAUGCGUUUAUUAGCACCAUAAAUUUCUACAAGGGCUUGGACAUUGUUAUUAAUAACAUCAGGUUUAGAGAAAAAAAUUGGGAAGAUCAGGUUGACGAAAACAUUAAAGGGAUCGUCUUAAGUACACAGCUCUGUUUGGAAUUUAUGGGGCGCAAUAAUGGAGGAAAAGGAGGAAUUUUAUUAAACAUAGUUUCUGAAUAUGAAGAAAACAGUGAUUCCUGUCCACUACAUAGUGCUUGUCAAGAUUUUGUUGUCCGCUUUGAUCGAUCAGUGGCAACAUCACAUUUCGAGACUACAAAUGUCAAAGUGCUAACAAUUUGCAAAGCAAGUUUUGAUACGAUUGGAUGCGAUUUAACUACGAUACUAACAAAAGGAACCAACGGUUGUGUUUGGAUGCCUUGCACUUGUCCAUCAGAUUCUUAAUAAUAAUUUGUGUCUAAUUUGUAUAUGAACAAGGUAUUUUUUAAUAAUGACUGUCUUAUCCUCUCAUUUUCCAUUCUG